ACUAUAAACAUGGAUGAUAAGAGCGAAGGAAUAACACUUCUUUUCCACAAGCUCUGCGAGCUUUCCUUCCUCCAUGAGGCGGCCAAAAGAGAAGAUGCAUAUACGAGAAUUCGAUAUACAAAAGCCAGGAGACUCAAAGUCCAAACUGUGCUGUAUGAAAAAUUGUUUGAUGAACUUCAAGCACCUUGGUCUGUGUCUGAGGAGAAGAAAGACGAUAAUACAAGCUUAAACCCAUAUGAAAAGAUUGCAGUGAUUAUUUUUCAGCUAAGAUUAGCUCGGAAGUUUGAUAGAGCGGACCUUUUGGAGUAUUGCACUUCGAAAUGGAGGGCUAUACUAGGUACUUCAACAGAUUCAGUGGAUAUAAAAAGCCCUAGGGAUUAUAUAAGUGAACCAGAUGCCAUAUUGAGGUUCGUUGUAGCACUGUCUGGCACAGGACCACUACAGCCCUUGCCUGCCCUUGGACACCAGGAGGAACCUCUCGCUAAUAAUAUGCAAUACAAGGAUUUCAAGAGCCAUUUACCAGAAGGUCCACUGUUGAAUACUGAUAGUUUGAAACUGAAAACUGAAGCCCUUCUUGCUGAACACUAUGUCCAGUAUUCCAGUGCUCUUUUUGAGAGGCUUCCCACCAUUGGACAGGAUGUGCUUAACCAGACUACCAGUYUUCAGAUGUUUUCCCAAGUCACUGGUCCUGGACAAGGAAGAAAUAGGUUCUUUGCUCUCCAGGAAGCAGGAGAAGCACCACAUGACAAGGAAACAAGAAAAACAGUGUUUGGAGCAUUAAGCCAUGGUUAUACUGAAGAUAUGCAAGUCAAACUGGGUCUUCCAGAGUUGCCUUCAUCACCACAUCAAAAAACAUUUGGCAUAUCAACUUUGCCAACAGCACAGUCUCCAGAUGAUGAGGGCUUCCAUGAACUGACUGAAUCAUCUAUCACAUCUUCAAGGGCGUCAAGCUCCUCUCCAUCACAGCAGACAAGUGGGGAAGAUAUUUGGGAAGCAGCUUUGGCACUGCCCCCCCAAAAGUUUUAUACAUGGGAAAUGGGAGGAAGGAGAGAUGGGCUUACAGAGUUUCCAUAUAUAUCUGAAGCUGGUCCUGCAGUGUUUGAUGAACUGUAUAACCUGGUGUCUAGACAGCUGUCAUAUCUAGUGAAGACACCCAGCCAUUACACCAUGGUAUCCUUGACAACACUGGUCACCCACUCUCUGGAUGUCCUUAUUGGUGUCCCUUCAGCAACAUACCUUGUCAAUACUGAAUCACUUGGUUUCAUUGUCAGUCCUGAUGUGCGUUUAUCAGGCUGUUCUCCCGAGCUAAUACAGAAUGUACUGAGUAAACUAGCAGUCAUAGGCACUGAUUAUGUACGCUUGGUCAAGUUCAUUCAUAGAGAGAGCCACUCUAGAGGUUUGGUCCUGCAAGCAUUUCUUGGAGGAUUGAGAAACUAUUUGCAGUGUUAUAGAGCUACUGUUCUAAGUGUCAAUGCAUCUACAGUAAACAGCCCAUUCCAGCUUAGCUUUACAUUUCAAAGUCUUGGUAAACAAUUGAGGUUCUUAUCAAACAUGUGCAUGUGCUCGAAGACAACAAGACCACCAACCAGCCCAAAGCAAGGCUUCCCAGCUGGUGUGAAGUUACUUUCUUACUUAUACAAGCUGGCUAUAGACUAUUCAAGUUCAGAGCACUACCCGGUGCUGCUAUCAUUACUCAAGCAUAGUUGUACACCAUACAUUACGUUUGUCCAGCAAUGGGUCUUUCAAGGAAAAUGUAUUGACUUGUAUGGAGAAUUCAUCAUUGAACUAGACGAUCAGUUCCUUGCUUAUCGAGACAAGCAUUUCUGGAGUCAUGGAUUUGUAAUCGCUGAAAAAGACAAGCUCGAAUGUGUUCCCCUCUUCCUCAGUGAACUAGCAAAUGAUAUCUUUGUUUGUGGCAAAUCCAUCAACCUUUUAAAGCUAUGUUGUCCUGAUCAUUUUUUGUGUGAUUCUGGUGUUCUUCCUCCUAAAAUGGAAGUUACAUUUUCCAUGUCUAAACUAAAAGCUAUCGACCAGAAUUGCCGUGUUUAUAUCGAUUCCAUGGAGGCAAUUGCGAAAAAUAUCGAUGAACAAAGAGAAAAGAAGAAAUUAGCCGUAGCAGAAGCUAAAGAGAAGGCACUUUUAGAGGAAAAACAGCGUGCUGAGAAAGCACUAGCUGAUAUCAAUGGAAUGAUCGAGAAAGUAAAGGAAGCUAUUAGCGUAAAGAAGAAAGAAGAUCUACAAAUGCUGAAAAAGCAGAUGGAAGAUGCCAUAAAGCAAAAAGAAGACAUAAAAGAAAGGGAAAUGGAUGAAGACAGAAAAUUCAUGGAAGAAGCGAUGCAUCGUUUUGAUGAAGCAGAUGGAGUUAGGGAAAGGGCAAGACAAGAACUUAUAGAGUACUACCAAAAAUUAACAGAAGAAAUGGAUAGACGCGAGGAACGUGCUCAGUGGACCAUCAAACGACACGAACUGAACAAGACUAGGAUUGAGUUCUUUGCACGAGAAAAGGCUCAACUUGAACAAAUGAUCAAGGAAACCUCAGAAAAAGAGUCAGAAAAUCUUCCUUCUGCUAAAGGGCGGUCAAAGCAAGAUGAAUAUACCACAGUUAAAAGCACUGAUUCGCUAGCUAACAUUAAGGCAAAACACACUGAACGUAUAACACCAUCUACACCUAGUCCAAGCUUGGUAUCCCUUAUCGCCAGUGGUGUCAAAACAGACGCUCUGGUCCAGUCACGGGCAAGAAAAUCUGUGAACCAAURCACUGAUGAUACUUCAGACUCUGGUUUUAUUCCUGGAUCAAAAGUUACUGGUACUGCUUUUCCAGAAAGUAGGGUCAUGAAUGAUGAAGAUGAUGAUGACCACACCCUUAGAUCAGUACCUCCUCUUGAGCAUGAUGACUAUGAUGAAACUAAUACUUCUGAAGCUUCUUCAAGCAUAUCAGCUCCAUCAGGAGCAAGUGGACGAGGGAGAAAGCAAUGGUCUAGUUCUAAAGGUAUUACAUCGAAUGAUGUGAAGGCCGAGAGUAGUACUACGACAUCCAGGCGUACUUGGGAUCCAACAGCUGGGGAGGUGCAUUUAGCAGAGUCACCAUUUCCACAUGGACACCCAUCUGAAUCUUCUAUUCAAUUUGCGAUGUAUGGUGAUAAAAAAUCUGAUUGUACGAAUGGUGAUGCGCCACUAAAUAUUAAAUCUAGUCCUAAUGUUCUUCCUGCUGCUCCAAAUCCUAGUGACUCUAGUUUACAGAGCACUCUAUACCCUGAGUCAAGCCAGGGCGUGRCUACUCCAACGAACACUGCAUCUGUAAUCGCAGAUUCUACAGAAGACAAAGAAGGUGAGAAAACUGCCGAACUGCCCGAAUUAAGCACUCCUUCGAAAGAUAUUGAUCCAGGUAUUCAAGAUUUUCUUCGGAGUCUUUCAACAGACGUCACGAAGCCACCUUCAGUUCGUCACCCUUCUAAUACAGCAUUUCAAAAGUAUACGGACGAGGAACAGAAAGGCCUGGGCAUUAAAAGAGCGACAUCGCCCUUUGGCCACCAUACUCAGUCAACCGCUCAAGAUAUACUCUUUCCUAUCGAAGGAGCCGCUGAUGAGCUACGUGAAAGGUCGCAGUUUGGUCAUCCGGCUGACUCCAGCGCUCAARAUGUGUUAUACAUUACACAGGAAACCCAGUCAACACAUGGGACUCCAAAAUCGAUAUAUGGACACCCCACAGAUUCGAGUGCUCAGAACUUAUUAUACAUUACACAGGAAACCCAGUCAACACGUGGGACUCCAAAAUCGAUAUAUGGACAUCCCACAGACUCCAGCGCUCAGAACUUGUUAUAUGCUCAACAAGAUAGUCUAACGCCAUACGGAACACCUAAAUCUGUUCACGGACAUCCUACAGACUCUACUACACAGGAGGUCUUGUACCGCGGUAAUGAUAUAGCGGCCCCUUCACAUUUACAUCGGUCAGCAUAUGGUCAUCCUUCUGAUUCACAGUUGGUUGAUAACUUUUCGGUUGCGAGUAGGAAUAUCUUGGCACAUACAUCAAGGGGUCACUGGGGCCACCCUUCUGAUAGUAAAGUACAAAAACUACUCGGGGAUAUAUCAACACUUUCGGAUAUUGGACAACAUGGUACUAGGGGUACUCCCCCUGCGAGUGUUGUUCAGGACAUACUUUAUCCAGAAACGACCCGUGGAGCUCCCCCUCCUGAUUCGGCGAAGAGUGUGUUAUAUCCAGGAGAAGGAGACGGUAUUUCAGGGGGGACAAGGACCUCUACUCGUGGACAUGAACCUGCUGUGACAAUUACAAAACUGAUGUAUCCCAAAGAACAAGAGAAAGACAUCGAACCUGAACCAGCGAAGCCUCUACAAUUCGAAGACAUCUGGGUUGCAUCACUGGUUCAACCACUUCAAGACAACUUUGACAUUUUAGACCAACAUCCUACUACAGACCUUUUGAAAAGUGCGCUUGGCCCUUUAAUGCUGGACCAAGAUGACGAUGAUGAUAUUGAUGCUGCGCGGUUGAUGUCAUUACCAGUAUUAAUGCGCCGUUCUGUUACAGCUCCCCUCACCGCACAAAUUUCCCUGGUGAACUCAGCUGUAGUAAAGUACUUUAUGGAGGAACUAGAGCUACAGCAACAAUUUGAAGUGUUUAGGAAAUUCUUAUUCAUGGAGGAUGGUGAAUUUUCUCUCUCUCUUUCGGACCAAAUGUUUGAAAGGUUGUCUACAGGGGUUACCCCGCGUGAAUUUUGCUCACCAACUGUGAUGAAUGGAAUAGUCACCAGGGCCUUACAGCUCUCGGUCUUCGCGAAUAAGACUGGUUACGAACAGCAACUCUCAUUUGCCCUAAAAUCGAUGCCAGACAUGUUUAAUCUAAAUGAUAUUGGCACUCUAGACUUCCUGGAGUUACGCUAUCAUGUUCAGUGGCCAGUAAACGUCGUGAUUACUGAGAAUUCUAUCAUCAAAUACAAUAAAGUGUUUUCGUUUAUGCUGCGACUUAAGAGAGUAGCCUGGGUGCUAAGAGAAAUUUGGUUUCACUUAAAACACAUAGGGUUUUCUCGUCGUGCUGCAGGAUCACCACAACUUAGACAGUUACAGUUAUUCAGGCAUGAAAUGCUUCAUUUUCUGCAAAAUAUCGAUGGAUAUCUGUCAAACCAGAUACUUAACGUAACAUGGGUUGAAUUUCAACAAGAAUUGGCUACAAACGUUCGUAAUCUAGACGACCUUCAUCGCCGACACACAGAAUACCUCAACAAAGCAAUCUUCAGGUCGCUACUCAGCAAGAAAGCCGCACCGGUCAUGAAAAUAAUCAACGAUAUCUUCAGCCUCGUCCUCAAAUUCCGCACACAGUUAAUGUCGUGUCCAUGGCAACAGGAUAGCGCGGGGGGUCACGUGGUCCAUCCUCGCUUUGACGUCAUGUGUGCAACUCAUAGAGCGUUCAAGGAGUAUUCGGGAUUCUUAUUUACAGUCGUGAGUAAGCUGGUUCGCCGUGGGUAUCAGUCUCAUUUACAAGACUUCCUUCUUCGACUCAACUUCAAUGACUUUUACCAGAUGGUAUAACCAACAACAACCAUGGUAUCAUUAUAUAAGUCAAAACGCUAUUGUACCGAGAUCCAUGGCUGUCACCAAGGGGGUUGCAUGGCUAUAUAAUUCUUUAUUCRAGGUUAACGUCAGUUUACUACAUAGUUAAUUAUCCAUUUUCUCUAUUUAACUUUCGGCGUUCUAAGUCYCUUCUUCUUAGUUACUUACAUCUUAUCGCUGCAAUUAUUGUAAUUAUUGUCCUUUGUGCAGUCGUCGAACACCAAAUUCCUAGCUGGCUCCUUGUAACUUGCCACGACAAGUUAAUCUUUGUUAAUCAUUUCCYUUUUCCUUACUAACUCUUACUAACUGUUUCAAAUUGAGCUGAUCCUCUCAGUAUGUGAAGCAACUUAUGGGGCUGCAAAUUGAUUUGAACCCAUGCCCUGGCGAUACCGGCAACUUAUGGAGCCAGGAAUCGCCAGGGCACGGGUUCAAAUCCCGUUCAAGACUCGAGUCCCGUUCGAGUCGUUCAAUUUGCAACUCCAUAAGUUGCUUCACAUACUCCGAGGAUCAGCUCAAUUUGAUACAUUACAACCGCAGUAAAAAUAUAUAUUUCAUAUAUAUUCACAUACACUUACUAACACUGUUGUUAAUGCAGAUCAGUAUUUUAACAGUUUUCGCGAAAUUUAGUCUCCUUUUAUGUAAUUUUCUUGUCAAAUCGCGAAAUUAAAUUCCCGCGAGAAUAAGUAACAAUAAGGUACCUUYCAAAAGGGUUCCUCGUGAAUACUCUCGAGGUUCAGAAGCGAAAUCCGAUGCAUUAGUAAUGAGAAAAACGUAAGUUAACUAGGUAAUGAUUCAGGUAGACGUCUGCUCCGAGAACUAAAAAAAAUUCUCAAAGGUUUCCAUUGAAUGGCUCCUGUGCCUUGGUGGCGCCAUGGCGAGUAGAUUUGCAGACAUGUAAAAUUAAUUGUAAAAUAGCUCUUAAUUUUCGACCCAAAGAAAAAGAAAAAAGAAAAAGAAAAAAAACACGGAUGCUUUUGUU